AAUUUCCCUUUUUCCUCUGAAACCCUAGAACCAACGCAUAGCAAGAAAGGGAGAAGUUGGCAAUGGAGGAUGCCGUCGAAGGGCGGACGGAGUCGAAGAAGAAGAGGAAGAGAGUGGAGGUGGAGAUGGAGGUCUUAUCCGAGACCACCGAUCGCAUCGCCCCCAUUGUCGGCUACUUUCCCUCCGGCUACGACCCCCACAACGCCGCUUCCGCCGCCGCCGGCGGGCCCUCUGUCAGGGUGUUCCGGAACCAGAUGUAUUCCAGCCGCCUGGAGCUUGUCGUGAGCCCCCGGGACUCCAACGUCGAGUUCGUCGGGACCAGCUACUCUGGCGAGGCAGCGGGACCCCAGCUCUGCACGUACACCCUCGGGGUCCUCGACAAGGAGACGCACACCCUCAAGAUCGUGCCCAUCGCAGCCAACAAGAUCUUCAGGUUGGAACCACGGCUGACAAAGAACCUAUCCACUGAUACAGAACCUUCAGAGGGGUUAGCAGAAGAGGGUCUUGCUGAAGGAAAAGUAGAACGGAAGAUAGCAGAUCUUACCAAUCUUUAUGGGACAAAGAAGGAUAGGGACAAGGAUAAUAGAUGGAGAUCAUUGAACCAACAAAGAAAUGACCCUUCAGCUCGAGAACAAUUGGCAAGUGAAAAUCCUGGUGGUGAUGAUGAUGACAUAGAUAAUGAAUCUCAUGAGGAUGUUAAAGAAGCCGCUGUUCCUAAUAUUCCACCUCAUGAUCGUUCUGCAAAUACGUCGGAGAAAGCAUAUUUAUUGGAUGAGAUUAUACCCAAAGCUGAACGGCCUUACCUUUUGGACAUUCUAGAAAAUUUGCAAUAUGGGGAAGAUCUUGCAUCGAAAUCUUAUCCAACUUUUGUUUAUAAUCGCAUACACAAGCUAAGGGAGAUUCAGGAUGACAAAGAAAAGGAGAAACUUGCAUGCAUCUUGUCAUACAUAACUCAUCUCCAUACUUUCUGGGAACGAAUAAGAUUCUCUAAACAUAAGGCCAAAUUUCUUGGCAUGACUGCAGAUGCCCCUAAGAUCCCACGCAUUAUAUAUCAAAAGGUAGUGCGGAUGUUUGUAAAUCCAGAAUCAGAUAUAGUAUCAAUGGAGAAAAAGGAACUUCUCAUCGGUUACAUAUUGGUACUCACACUUUUUGCGGACAAGUUCCGCAGCGAUCCUUCUGAUAUUGCAAGGGACUUGAAAAUGACCGUCCACUCUCUAAAACCAUACUUUCUGCAAUUGGGCUGUAAGAUCUUUCAUGAGGGUGCUUUUCAACAAUCUUUCAUGACUCUUCCUGUUCCUCUUCAAUUCCCAGAGCAUAGAAGGAAUCGUCGAAGGCGGUAGUCAUCUCAUCCCUCAAAUGAGGGAAUGCAUCUUGACCGCAAACAGAUGUUGUCAUGCAUAUUCUCAUGUCGUUGAACACUUUUCGAGGGAAAAACCUUUUUAUCUGUUUUAAAACUACUGCAUUUGAGGAGAAUGGGAUGCUUUAAUUUUGUUUCAGUUUACAUCUUCUUCUCAUUAUAAUUUGUUUGAGAUGUAAUAACUUGUAUUUUGUUCCAUGGAACUUUGGAAAGGUGAGCUUGGCGAGGGUGAUUUACUGGAGAUG